AAAUCUUCCAUCUAGCCAGCAGUCUCACUCGCUAGUGCCUCCGAAGGAAGACAAGUUGCCGAGCGGCUCUUCACGCACAACGAAAUUGGAUGGGCCUGGGCCGCUCAGGGCCCCUCUCCCAGGGCCCACACUGACCCAGGAGUGUCACGUCCUCCCCGCCGAAAUGCCGAGUGCCCCCGAAUCGGAGAAGAUCGAUUGAUCGGCGGCUGGUCCACCUGGGGUCAGGUUUGCUGCGUGAUUUCCGCGACCCUGGCCGCAAGGUCGCGACCUACAAGGCCCGAGUGCCAGGUGAACGAGGCCGCCUCUCAGUUUCACAGUGCCCUGCAUGCAGGCAAUACGCGGCGACCGCAUCACUCCGCUCAGAGAUAAGCAGCGACCGGGAGUGCAGAAAGAAGAAGAAGUGCCAUGAAGGGCUGGUUCGACGCGUUCCGCACUGAUGGCGGGCCCACCCUGUACAGCCACUCCAACAGGACGGCGGUCACCGGCGACUCCGACCUCAUCACUGUCAUCGUCGUUUUCGGCACCCUCUUCCUAGCGUUCCUAAUUAUCUACCCUGGCGUCCGAAAAGAGCGCGUCUCAACCUUCAUGAGCGUCACGCUCAGCCUCUUCGUCGGCUCCUCCAUCCUGGCAAGUCAGUGCGGUUCAGGAUGGCACGUGGCGUGCUCGCCAAUCGUCAGCGCGUACCAAGCGUUCUCGCGCGAAAAGAUCUCAGCCUCGCUGGGGGCGUACGUGGGGUUGAACCACAUCAACGUCACCCUCAACGCCCCGCAGGUCAAUGGCUCCGAUGUCAACUUCAACGAGCGGUUCGCGUGGUCGGCGCCAAACGAGAUGCAGGACCGAUACCGGGACGCCCUUUACCGGGGACUGCCCUUCCCAGUGCUCACCGUCGCCGAAGUCCUGCAACUCGACCAGGAGGGCUUUGCGUGGGGCAGGAACUACCGAGCUGCCGGAUACUACACUUGCAUCAUGCUUUGGGCCGCUUUCACGUCUUGGGUCCUGAUGAACAUUCUGCUGAUGGUGGUGCCGCGCUACGGCGCCUACACGAUGGUCCUGACUGGCCUGCUCGUGCUCAGUGCCGACCUGACGUACCUGUGGCUGCUGCCGGACGCGCCGCUGCAAGUCAGGUUUGAGGUCGGCAUUCUCAAGUUCGAGCUGGGAUGGUGCUUCUGGCUCACACUAAUUGCAGGCGCGAUUUGCUCAGCCAUCGGACUGGCGAUCGCCUGUCUGGAUCUCGUCUUCCCGCACCACUUCUCGACCAUCCUCGAGGUCGACUACGACACCCCGUACGACAGACACGUGAUCAUCGAGGACAGUCGGUACCGAGGACGCAAGAAGAAGAGCGGAUCCAUGUCCAGCAACAAGUCCGGCUCCCUCGAGGAACCACGUUCGCCCUGGAGCACCAGGAUUCUCAGGAGACUGAGCAGCAAGCAGAAGUUGGAGGGUGUCCAAAACGCCGGCUUCGAGAGGGACGCGCCCAAGUCGCCGUGGAACUACCCGCACCUGAUGCGGCACCACGAGGCGGCCGCCCCGCCCCACCGUGGCCUCUCGCGAGUCUACCCUGGCAAGUUGACGGCGGCCGAUGUGGCCAGGCAACGCCUCGAGGACUGCCGGAUGCCGGCGUUCAAGCGGCAGGACAGCAACGACAGCAUGGCCAGCUCGACGGGCUCGUCCCUAGGCCUGGCCGUUCUGCUUCGGUCGGGCUCGUACACGACGCGGCCGCCGCCGGCCAGGGCCACGUCCCAGCACUGACGGAAGCAAACACGAUAUUUAUUUAUUGUAUUCUUGUGAUCGACCAGUCGGUCUGCGCGGACCGACGAUUCCAUUCAAAUGCUCUUUGCUUUAGUCAUGUAAAUGCCAAACGAGUGAUUUUAAUUUUUCUGAUUAAAAUAAUUAUACAUUAUGCGCGUGUGAGAGGGUGACUAAUUUGCUGCAUGUAAAUAAUUUUAUAGAACUUGCUAGUGUGACGAAAAUAAAUUUAAUUUAAUUGAAAAUUUCAAACUCUCGACUUUUAUUGUAAUUAAUA